GAAUCGUGCGGUGUGCAGCGGGGCGUCACUUGCUGCCAAACCACGUGGGAAACGUAAACAAUACUUGCUCGUGGGACGCUGCAUUGUGUUUAGCUUCCUGUAUUUCCUCCCAUAUUCCCUCCCCUCAUGAAAAACAAAUCCACAACUGACGAGGCCAUGGAGAAGGAUUAUGAAAGUGAAGAUGGUGGCUUUGAUGAUGAUGGUGAAGAGACAGAGGAGGAUGGUGAUGAAGAAGAGGAUGAUGACAAUGAUGAAGAAGAGGAUGACGACAAUAAUGAGGAACAAGACCAACAAAAUGAAAACAACAAGAGAACUCAGCAGGAGCAGGGAGGAAAGUAUGCCAAACUUGGGAAAGUUAAGGACAGUCAUGCCAGCCUGUACAAGCCACCAACAAUGGAAGAGUUGAACAUGCUGAGAGAAACUCAGAUGUUGUACCAUUCCAAUCUUUUUCGCAUGCAGAUGGAGGAGCUGCUUGCUGAAGUGAGUCUGAAAGAGAAACGUCGCCAGCAGUUUUCACAGUGGCUUACGAAGUUGUCAGCUCAUCUCACCUCCUUGCCUGAGUUUAAUCCAAUUGAGUUAAGUGACAAGCCCAAGCUGGCCAGGAAGGGCAUUCAUGAUCCUUUGCUGGAGACUUUGCCGAAGAUCACUGGAAACAUUAUCUUUGCCGCGCCAACAAAGAUAGAAGUGGUUGGCUCCUUUGCAUCAGGCACUGUCACCACUUUGAAUCCAACCAUUGAUGUCAUGAUGAUUCUUCCAAGGAAGUGUGUCAAUGCGUCCGACUGGCGGAAUGGAAGGUGGUUGGCAAAGCGUGUUCAUUACUUGUCAUGGGUUGCGGAGAGUCUGCUUGAUAAGACAGAUAUUGUCCAGAAGCAAUGCUGGACGACACAUUUAGGAGCAUCUUGUCGACCCGUCUUGCAAGUCACACCUUCUGGAGACUUUGGGAAAAAGUGGAAAGUGAAUUUGUACCCUGUGCCAGACCAGGAGAGCUUCAAACUAAAGAAAUUUUCACCUGAACGAAGUAAUCUUGAGCCUCAGUGGUUCUUUCCUGGAGAUGCUGGAGCAAAGUACUCAGGUGAUGAACAACCCUCGACGCCUCACUACAACUGGGCAUGUGCUGUUGACGUGGCAAUGCAGCAGCAGCAGCAACUUAUCAUGGAUUGUUUGGGGAGCAAAAGAAACCUAACACAAGGGAUACAACUCAUCAAAAUAUGGUUGUCACAGCGAGACUUAGACAAGGGAAUGGGCAGCUUUUCUGGCCACAUGGUCACCCUGUUCGUGAUUCACCUUCUGCAGUCCCGCAAGAUCAACUCUCAGAUGUCGCCCUAUCAGGUGUUUCGAAAUGCAGUGCUUAGCAUUGGCUCUGUUGACUGGACGGUGAAGGGAGUCAACAUGUGCCCCACACCUGACAACACACCCUCACUGGAUGUGCUUCACCAGCUGUAUGAGGUGGUGUUUGUUGAUCCAUCAGGCCUCCUCAACCUUGCUGCCAUGAUGAUCACUGCAGAUUUCCAGAGGAUCCAACAUGAGAGUCAGCUGGCCAUAGCUUUCCUUAAUUCCUCUGCUGCUGACAGUUUUGAGUCUCUCUUCAUCAAAAAAACUGAGAUGUUCCAGAUGAGUGACCAGUUUCUGUUAGUUAGAGUGAAGAAGAAAGAAGGGAUGCAGACGCUUAGCAAGAAGAAAAGCAACCACCUGCAGCACACUCUGAACUGGUUGGGUGAUGCCAGGCAGGUGUUGUGGUCCUGCAUGCUGGCUGUGCUCAGUGAAGGGCUCUUGGAGAGGAAGAUUCUCAUUGCGCCGAGGAGAGAGGCUUCACGUGUGUGGCAGGUGGACCAACCUCCACCUCAACGUUCCUGGUCACUAGAAGUCGGACUCAUUCUUGACCCAGCCUCAGCCUGGGCACUGCUCACCAAGGGACCCUCAGCAGAAUCUCCUGAGGUUGAACAUUUUAAGAAGUUUUGGGGUGAGCAGUGUUCCCUGAGAAGGUUCCAGGAUGGCAGCUUCCAUGAAGCUGUUCUCUGGGGCAACCCUAAUCUGUCACAGGCACAACGCCGCCUCAUUCCUGAAAGAAUCUGCAAAGAUGUUUUGUAUCGCCACUGUGGAGUCAAUGAAGAAAAUGUAACUUACAUAGCCAAACAGACAGAGAUGAUUCUACAUUGCCCAGAAUAUGAAAUGGCAUUUGAAUAUGCGACUGGAGAAGAGGCCACACAGCAGGCCAUACAGGCUUUUGAUUCCUUGUCAAGAAAGCUGCGUUCACUUGAUCUUCCUCUGAAGAUCACAGCAGUGCAGCCAAAGUCAGAUGUGAACAGACACUCCAGAGUCUUCCCACCACUAGCAGUAGCAGUGCCCAGUGCAGGAAAGGCAGUUAAAGUGGCUGAAAAUCAGCGGCUGUUUUCAGGACGUGAGGGAACAAGUGGGGUGUUCAGAUAUGCCAUGAAAGUAAUCAUCUUCUUGGAAAUAAGUGGAAAGUGGCCUGAUGACUUGGAUGCAAUUCAGGCCAUAAAAGCAGAGUUUCACUCCAAGAUGUGUGACUUGCUAUCACAGGACAACAUCACAGCCGUCGUGUCCCCAAACUUCUUGCAGAUCCUGUGGAUGGGCUACUUUUUCCGAGUACAAGUCUGCUAUUUACGAGAGAUCUACCUGCAACGGCUGGUGGAGACUCCUGAAGGGGACUGGAAGGAGCAGGAGACAGCAGCUGCCACACAACUAGAACUAGACAUAGAGACUCUACCUCGAUUAACAACAGCAAUAGCAAGUAUUCAAGCAGAUCACCCGAGUUUCAGCGUGGGUGUGCGUCUGUGCAAACGAUGGGCAGCAGCACAGCUUCUGAUGCCUUACAUUCCUCCCAUUGCUGUGGAACUCCUGGUAGCCUAUUUGUACCUGAAUCCAGCCCCUUAUUCUCCUCCUCACACACCCCAUACAACUUUCAUCAGGUUCCUCAAGCUGCUGGAACAGACAGACUGGAAGACUACACCCAUCCUUGUGAAUUUAAAUGAGGAGUUUUCAGUUGAGGACAUGGCAGAACUCAGUCGUCGCUUCACAUCCCAGCGGGCAACUCUGCCAAACAUGUUCUUGGUGAAUCCCUAUGAUCUCCAUCCAGUGGCAAGGUCAGAUGCUGUUGAUGCUCUGGACCGGCGGUACAAGCAUGCCUCCUUGUGGACCAAGAGAUCACCGUCAUUGCAGAUUUUGUACCGCAGCAAACAGCUGGCUGAAGCUGCACUCAUUUUUUUUAACAAGAAUUUGUUGAGCAAUGACAUGGAUAUAACGACAAUCUUCCGGCCAAGUUUUGAUGACUUUGAUGUCGUCAUCAAAUUAAACGCCAACCAGUUGAGUCGGCGUUUUGAAACUUUGGACUGGAAGCCCGACAAAUCUUUUAAACUCAAACAGUAUGAGAAGAAAGCAGAGGAAGUAAUGCCUAUUGUGAUGUUUGAUGCUGCACAGAUGUACCUUCAUGAACUUAAGUGCGCUUUUGGCUACCUGGCUCUCUUCUUCUAUGAUGAACACGGCGGAAAGUCCAUCGGUGUGGUGUGGAAGCCACAUGCCCUUCAAAUGCAGGACCUGAAGGUUGGUGGCAUGGAGGGGCAUCGGGUGGUUGGAGUGAAGGAGGUCAAACAAGUACCAAAUUUAGAAGCAAUCUUGGAGGACUUUAAGGUUCUUGGCACUGGCCUUGUGAGUGAAGUUCAAGUUAAAAAUGCCUGAGUGGCAUAAUAAUUGCUGGUACAUAUAUAAAUUGUAUGAUACAAUUUUUGUAAAGUUUAAUGUGGA